AUGAGAACUCGGCGCGCUUGCUCCGAGCGUGCGAUAUCUCGACUCUCCUCCUUGUCCUGCCCGUGUGCCGUCGCCUUUCUCCGCUUCCCCCCAUUCACUCCCCGUCCCCCCCUUUGUCCACCAACCAUGGCGUUCCCCUGGGCGCGCGUGCGCGAGCAGGUGCCGGAGGAGGACGAGCGGCUCGAGCCGUGGCUAACGCACGUGUCCGUGCUCGUGCACCUCGCCACCUUCGCCAUCAUCGGGGUACGUCUCACCCCCUCCUUCUCCCCUCGCCCCCUUCCCGCGCGGCGGCGAGCGCAGGUGCUGAUACGGUACGGGCUGGAGGUGCUGUUCGGGCCGGAGGUGGCGCACGUGACGGACGACGAGCAGACCGUCUUCAUCGACUUGCCCGCUAACAUCGCGGGCAGUUUCAUGAUGGGAGUGGUGGGCGUGGCGGCGAAGCGGCACAUAGCGGCGUAUUCGGAGCACCUGGCGAUCGGGCUGGCGACGGGGCUGUGCGGGUGCGUGACGACGUUGGCGUCGUGGAACCAGCGCAUGCUCGCCAUCCUCGCCUCCGGCCUCUGGGUGCGCGCGCUCGCCGGCUACAUCGUCGGUGCCGCGCUGCCCUUCGUGUCGCUCAUGGCGGGGAUCGACUUUGCCGACGGCAUCAAGUGGCAGAUCAAGCGCGCCAACGACCGCCGCACCGCACGCGGGAAGCCACCCCUGCGUGCUCCACGCGGGGACCACUUUGACCGGCGGUGGGCGUCGCUGCUGCUCUUCUUCUGCCUCUCCGUCUUCCUCGUCACUGCUGCCGCCAUCGGCACCGCGCUCGACGACUGGUCCUCCAAGACAAGGCGCCUGUGGUUUGCGUGCGUGGUGGCGGCGCCGGGCGCGUGGAUUCGGUGGUACCUGUCGUGGCUGAACGGCGGGGCGGUGGGCAAGGGGCGGUGGUGGCAGUGGGUGCCCGUGGGCACGGUGGCUGCCAACGUGAGCGCGUCCGCGCUGGAGGCCGCCCUCUCUACCGUCGUGCUCGCUUACAACAGCGAGGUGAGUGUGCUGGCGAUAGGGGCAAUACAGCUGGGGUUCCUGGGGUCACUGAGCACCGUGUCAACGCUCAUGGUGGAGGUGCUGGCGCUGCACAAGGCCAAGACCGGCCGCUGCUGGCGCCCCUACUUCUACCUCUACUGCAUCACCAUCCUCCCCUCCUUCCUCAUCGGCUUGCUCGUCUACUGUGUGCCCGUGUGGGUGCUCGACUACACCUCCAAAUACAACCACUUGUAA